AUGGUCCUGACCCUGUCCGUGAAUGAGAGUCCCAUCUUAAUGGCGGAAAGGGCUGCCCCAGCAGAAUCCCGAAGCCCUUCCAGGAUAUUUGGGGCCACCCUCUCUACCAUUUUGACCUGUGGAAUUAUCUGCAUCACCGUGGCAGCAACCGUCAGCUUCUCCCAGGCUUCGCCCAAGCCUCUUUUGCAGGUAAUCCGGUUAAACCUCCAGGAUCGCCUGGGAUCCUUGAUGAACCAGUCGGUGGUUGUCAGCAAGGCCGAGAAGACCAUCAUCUACCACGUCAUGUCUUCCAGUAACCAGACAACAGCCGUCUUGUUUGACUGCAAGAAUGGUUACGUCUGCUACAAGCCAUCAGGGCAGAGCAACUGUUACCUGAAGAGGAUGGAUGCCCGGGAUCAGGAUGCUGCCCAGGCGUCCUUCGACCUGUCAGAGCACAAGGGGGAUCCACCGCUGCUUCCCAGCGAUGGCACCCAGUACUACCGGGAAUUCCUGGGGGUUGUGCCAGGGAGCCUGGUGCAGCCAGAGGAAGCAGGGGAGGCUGCCAGGGCCCUGUGCGAGCAGGCCCCUAUCCACUGGGUUAAGAAGAAAGAUGAUCCCCCAAAGCAGCGGCUCAUCUACCUGUGCAUCGACAUCUGCUUCCCAAACAACAUCUGCAUCUCCAUCUGUUUCUACUACCUUCCUGAGUGAACGGCCAAAGAGACCAACUUCCCUGGCUCGGCUCACCUGUGCUUGAACCAAAGCAGCGCCUGAAGUCACCUGUGUCCCCUUCUCCGCCCAAGCCCUUCUGCCUCCCAGGAGCGCCUGUG